GUGGCCUACUUUCGUCUACAUUUAUGUUUUGCGCUGCGAGUGUCGGUUUUAUUUCGCGUUUUAAUUACGAAACUGACAAAAUCUUUUAAUUGCCGAUGAUAAUUUGUUUGUUUUGAUAAGCGCGAUACUUACCGUUUUUUAAUUCAAGUGCGCGCAAGUGGGGGACUUUGUGUUUUGAUGUCGCUGUCGCGCGUUUCAGUAUUAAAGGUUGUGUCGAUUACUUCAUUUCAAUAAUUUCCAAACGCAUUUUUUUACGAUAGCAUGUAUCGGACGCUAAAGAAAUCGCGUCUUCUACUCAUCAAAGUCGACGAAUUUGAACUUGUAGCGCUAGUGUAACCCGCCGUUUUCCGCGAAGGUGCGGGAAAUAUGAAAAUUUGAAAAAGAAUGGUCGCGAAAGGGGACAUUAUUUCGUCCGAGAACUGUAUAGGCAAUGGGACCAACUACCCGGCGCCCAAAUUUCUGCAGGAUUGGACAAUUCAGGAUUCGAGGAGCCAAAGGCUUACAUGGUAUAAACCCCCAUUGACCGUUUUGGUGAUUAAGAAGGUCAAGGAUGUGUCCGUCUAUUCUCCAUUUGUUCAACUCGUGGAAUGGCUAAUAGAGGAAAAGCAAAUGGUUGUGUAUGUGGAGACCUCAGUUGUCGGUGACGCCUAUCUGGACCAGUUUCCCAGUUUCAUUAACAUAAAAGACAAACUGAUGACCUUCAGAGAUGGAAGAGACGAUCUCACAAACAAAAUAGACUUCAUAAUUUGUAUAGGAGGUGACGGUACCCUCCUCUACGCUAGUCUUCUAUUUCAACAGUCGGUGCCGCCGGUCAUGGCGUUUCACUUGGGAUCUCUUGGUUUUCUGACCCCGUUCCGUUUCGACAACUUUCAAGAUCAGAUCAACAACGUACUGGAAGGAAACGCGGCGCUCACCUUGCGUAGCCGACUGAGAUGCGUUAUCGCCAGGAAGGGCAAGUUGGAAGAGUCGAACAACAAUGGUCAAGGUAGAAGAGGAUCGACCAGUCUCUUGGUGUUGAACGAAGUUGUUGUGGACCGAGGCUCUUCGCCGUACCUGUCAAACAUUGAUCUAUUCCUCGACGGAAAACAGAUCACUAGUGUUCAGGGCGAUGGGCUAAUUAUGAGCACGCCGACGGGUAGUACGGCUUACGCCGUCGCGGCGGGCGCGUCGAUGAUUCACCCAAGCGUACCUGCGAUUAUGGUCACACCGAUCUGCCCGCACUCGCUUAGUUUUAGGCCGAUUGUGGUACCGGCCGGCGUCGAACUUAAGGUGUCUGUAUCGCCCGACAGUCGCAAUACCGCUUGGGUUUCGUUUGACGGUAGAAACAGACAAGAACUCUUACAUGGUGAUAGUUUGCGCGUCACCACAUCGAUAUAUCCAGUUCCUAGCAUUUGCGCUCAAGACCAAAUAUCGGAUUGGUUCGAGUCGUUGGCCGACUGUCUGCAUUGGAACGUUCGGAAGCGCCAGAAGCCCACGGACGAACUGACAGACUUGACACAUUCCAGUUCUCUGGACUCGUUGGAGCAGAACGAAUUGUUGGAAAACGGCAGUUAAGACACACUACAUACUUUUUUUUUCAUUUUUGUUGUCAUUGACUGUACAUCGGAAGACAUUCCUAUACCUAAUCUCAGACGAAAUAAAUCUACGACAAUAGCGGGUGCCAAUGUUAUUUAUAUUCAAAUUUUUCUACGUAUUUUUUUGUAAAAAUAGAAAGUUUAAAAUGUGUUACAAUUAAAUAUUUUAAAUAAAACAAGCUUUAUAAGAAUCUCGAUGAACAUAA